AGCCAGUGUGGCUGAAGCCCAGCCGCGGGGCGGAAGGCCCGCGCUCGCGCCUCCUCCCCCCCCGGGCUGCGCCGCCCCACGGCCCCGCCACUGGCGCAUGCGGAGGCAGGAGGCGCCAACUGUGCAUCAGCCGGACUACCGCUCGCCGAGGGACCACGUGUCAGGCCAUUCUCCCAGGGAGAGCCAGCCGCUGGGCCUGCUGCGGGAAGGACGACCACAGCCUCCCGCCGCCCUGCGCCCCGCUGCAAGGAGAGAGGCCCCCGGCGCACGAGUCCCUCACCGCGCCCGGGUGGAGCAGGAGGCAGAGAUCAGGGCCGCGUUCGACGCCGUCGCAGUGGAUGGCAGGUGCGAGGUCGGCUAUCGCGAGCUGAAGGCGGCGAUGCGGGCUCUCGGGCUGCCGACGCGCAAGACGGAGGUCCUGCGGGCGCUGCACGAGCAAGGCUGCCAGGGGCCCGAGUACCGCCUCGGGCGCGAGGAGUUCGCUGAGGCGCUCCGGCGGCGCUUCGCGGAGCAGGAUCCGCUUGACGCGAUGUUGAAGUCAUUUCGGCUUUUCGAUCAGCAGGGAAGCGGAAGGAUCCAGCUCUCCGACCUCCAGCGCGUCGCGUUCGACCUGGACGCCGAGCUGGGCACAGAAGCGCUGCGGGAGAUGAUCCGCCAUUUCAAUCUCCGACGAGACGGGGAGAUAGACGAGACGGAGUUCAUCAGGGUCAUGUCGUCAACAUCGCUGUGGUGAAGCGGCAGACGGCUUUCCGCGCGCAGGCCCAGGGAUCUGGGAGGGCCGCCCCGCCUGCACGGGCGGCCCGUGGCUCCCUGCGCCCGCUGGCGCGCGCGCCACCUUUCGGACAAUGCCCAGGAAGUUGAAUUCGGCCAAUGCGGCGAGCAGCCCGCUGCAGCCCCGCGCGAGGCAGUGGCUCCGGCGCAGCACGAGGUGGUCGUGUCGGGUCUGGCCCCACGCAGCAACAUCCCAAUGUCCGAGCACCGAUCCACCACAGCCAGGGGGUCCUUAGGAAUUCUGGCGGCCCUCGUACGGCGCGUGCUUCAAGCACAGCAGUUGUGAGAGGGCGUCGAGAAAAAAAAGGACUUCUGCGGCCCACUCCCCGUUUCAGAGUGCGCAGGUCUGAGCAUUCUCUUCUGAUGUACGCACGGGGGCGGCCCCGGAUCCAGAUUCGGAUCCGGAUAGGGGUUAUGUAACUCCGUGGCCCCAAUCCGCGCUCUUGUGUGCAUAGACAUGCCGAAGCCUAUUAAUUGAUGUACGCACGGAUCUGGACCUGGAUUCGGAUCCGAGUCCGUGAUCCCAAUCCCCGUCCCUGACUACACAUGUCUCAGCUUUCUCUU